AUGGCCUCAGCAACCCCCCUUUCAGCUGUGAAUCCGCCGAGUUCGCCGAGUCAGGCCCCCGCCGAGAAACCGUCCGCGCCGCCCGUCAACAUCCUUCCCUCGCAGCUGGCAAAGGUUUAUUCAUAUGUGCACCCGGUGCUUCUCCUUACUCUAUGUGCUGCUCGGUUCCAGGCACUGGUUCAAGACACGGUGCAAGAGCUUCUCAGGGACCUUCCAUGGUUAGCUCUGCUUCAGAUUUCCUAUGUGGUGCUCUGUCUUCCACCAGCCGGAUCUACACAAGCCAUUGAGGCCGGCUCUGACGGCGAAGAGAAGAAGAAGGCUGCGCCACGCUCGCCUUCCAGUCCCGCCGUGGCCCUGCGGCCGGGUAAGCCUGGAUAUCGGCGAAAGCAGCACACCGGGAAGCACGAUUGGUCUGGGGCCUGGGCCAAACUCAUGCCCGCUUUCCUUUCUCUCACCCUUACCUCCCUGCUUGCAACGCCGAUUCUGGCCGUCCUGCUCGUCCUGUUCGGCGCUCCACUGACGACACACAAUCCCGAGACCGUGCUUUGCGCAGCCCAUAUGGCCCUGCUGUCCGCGACUGCCUUGGUCUACGUCCAUGGCGUGGACGGGUAUGUGUGGAAAGAGGUCUGGGGAAUUGCUCGGCCUGUUGACCCAGUCUGGGGUAGCGCCCUUGGUACGGGACUGGGCGCUUGGUUUGGCGCCAUUCCUAUACCACUGGACUGGGACCGUCCAUGGCAAGCCUUCCCCAUUACCAUCCUCGUCGGAGCAUAUAUCGGAUAUGCGCUGGGAUCGUUGAUUUCACGCACGCCGUUGCUGUAUGGCAAGCGGAUUCAAUUUGUGCCCACGGAGACCGAAGAGACAGAGAAGAAGACAAAUUAA